GAGGUGGGAGGGUGUUUUCGUGGAGGAUAGCGGCGCCGCCCUUGUAGGUACUUUUCUGCAUUCCCAUUUGGAGUUUCUCUGGGAGAUUUAACACAGAUCUCUGCGAGCCAUGACAGAAACAGCUGAAGCAGUGGCCGCUGACGUGGCGAGCAGGAGAAGUGUGACCAUUGAAAUCGCCAAUAUCACCAACAACUACUGCCUCAUCAACCCCAAGGUGUAUCUUGACAACGGUGAGGUCUACAACCCUCCACAGCCGACAGUGCGCCCCCUCCUGAGCGAAGUCUGCACUUUCACCAAGUCCUCCAGCAAAGCGACCGGCGCCGUGGGGGUCCUCACCUAUGACCUUUACGAGAGGUCACGCAACGACUACAUCGAGACCCUGGCCAUCAUGUUCUCUGUUCCCUGGGACUACAACCUGUACAAGAACUGGUAUGGAGUGGGCAUCUACCAGAAGGGCCGUAACUGCGAUAAAGAUCUGUUCAAAGAGAUGUACUAUGACAAAAAUCCUCAAGGUUUUACCCGCGAUGAAGCUAAGGGGUCAGGGAUCAACUAUGUGGGGAAGUACCUGGACAUAAAAGCCUCUAUGUGUCCACUUGGAAAUGCAGUCAUGAAAGUAGAAGUCUGGGAUAAGCUUUUUGCUUAAAUACUGCCCAAGUUUGAAAUGAUCUCUAAAAUGCAAUUAAAAAUAAAUCACUUUACUGUU